UUAUCAUUCAACAAGGAAGUUGAUAUACGUAACGACGCUACUUUUCGUUUCAGUUUUUGUAAAUGAAAUUGUGUGAUUCUGGUGUAAAGUGUGAAUUAAUCGCUGAUGUUUAAUUCUUAAAAGGCGGAUGUAAGAUGAAUUCGACAACAUCUGACGAUUUAUCUCGUGAACACAUAGCAUUUGAGGCAGCAAAGUGUAUCGAAAACUUUUCGGGGAAGACACAAAAUAUCACAGCUGCGCACAAGGAGCUUUUGGAAAUCAAUCUGUCGAUAACUGCUUACGUUGAGGAGAGCAAGAAACGUCUGGAAGUUAUUCGAUUGGGCUUGGCGCACGCGGCGAAAAGUUCGCAGAAAGUCGUUGAUAUUCUCUCUGAGAAAUAAUCAAUGAGAAUGUCCAGUCUACCAACAACACCAAGCAAAUGCAACACUAAACAUCUUAUUAAAUCGCAACACGAAGACAACAAUAAUACAAGCAAUAAAUACUCAGAACUUCAACAAGCACGAACUUUUGUACAAUGGUACAAACAGAUGAUUGACAAUGAAAGACAAAGUUUUGCUUUGUACAUGUCUGAUGAUGCCGUUUUAGAAUGGUUUGGCCGCACAAUAAAAAGUCAAAAAAAGAUAUCUGCAUUUUUGAAGUAUGAUAUGCAAUGUUCUAAACAUGAUUUUAUGCGUGUAGAGUGUAUAGACAAAAUAGUAACACGGCUAGAAAAGAUACAGAGAAAAGACAACUUAAUACUGGCAAGUCCAUUCAAUUCUCCUGAAAUAAUAAAAUCUAAAGAACGAUCUGUGAAAAGACGUCUUAGAUCGAACUGUAGUAGUCCAGAAUGGGCAGAAGGAUGUGCAGUGGACAAAGACUAUGAACCAGAUAUAAAGAAAGUAAAAAUAAAUAAGGGAACAGAAAUCAAUGAACAGAAAGACAUUCCAAAAGAAGAUUACUCAAGUGAGGACUUGUCUGAGAUUAAUAACAAAGGAGACUGUAUGUUAGGGAGACGUUUAAAACGCAAAUGUGUGGCAGUUACUCCACCAAAUCGUGAAGUUGGACAAGGGGACUGCAUACCAUCAACAAGUGGUACAGAUUCCAACAAAUCUCAUGAUGCUUUAAAUGCACAAUUACCAAAACUCGCAGUAGAAUGCAGUGGUUAUAUAGAAUUUUGUAGAUCGAGAAACAAUCGAAGUAUUGAUGCAAUGAAGUGGGACAGAAAGUGCAAAGUACAGAUCAGUUAUUCCGAAGAUCCGUUGAAUGUUGGUGAGUAUAUUAUUUGGGAAUUACGGUACACUGAUGAUAGUAAGUGUAGAAGAAAUCUUUUAGCAGCAUUUGAGGAAGCUGCUAAAGAACUAAAACAUAUUUAGUAAUUUUACAUAGUGGUUGGUAAUUUUAUUUACAAAUUAAUGUUUUUAUCUAUGAUGAUAAAGUUGUGACAUUUGAAUAAAAUUAUCAAUCCAAGCAAUACAUGUAAACAUUUUGAUAGCUAUGUGAUAUGAAAAUUUGUAUUUUUCUAUGUUAUAUGGGGUAUACCUAUUUUUAUGUAUGUUUAUUAUAAUAUGUUUACAUUGUGACAAACUGUACCUCUUUGUGUAUUAUGAAAUUAUAUUAGAAAUAGUUAUUAGAGUGCGUCUUCCGAUUUGCAAGAAUAAACAAUAAGGUGUGUCAGGAUUUCAUGACAAAUGAAUGCAAAAUUGAGAUUUUGACAGGUCACAAACUUCUUACAUUCUUAGAAUCAUCAGGGUAGUUUCGAUAUACAUGGAUUUUUCAUCUGACCUCUUAUUGGUACAUAGUAGACCUGUUGGCGAUGCGCACAUAUCGCACUCACAAUAAGAAAGUCUCUGAAUCAGAAAAGUUACUUUUUGGGAAACUAACAAAACAUAAAAAGAAUUAAGUAUGAAUAACAUGACAGUGUUGUAUUUGAUGUGAGCAACAAUAUUUUUUAAUUUGAACAUUUCAAUUUAUUUCGUAUGUUUCAAAAACUGAUUUCUAAUUUCCUCACUUUAUUAUUGUAGGUUUGAAUAACCAUCUUUUUGAGAAAAAAUGGUUAUUUAAUUCCAUACUAUAACGCCGAGAGACUCGCCUUAGAAGUGUUGGUAGCAUAUGUAGUCACAUAUAUAUGUAUACAUGACAUGGUCUACUGCGCACCUCUUGUUUACGAUACUUGUUUACGCUGUUUUAUAAUAUGAAAUAUUAUGAGUUUAAACUGCAGUUACAAAACGUUUUCUAUCCUUAGCAAACCAUUGUCAAUUUAACGGUUUGAACAACCAGUUAAACAUUUCGUAUCCAUUAAGAUCCUCGUGCAUUUUAAUUUACAAAUAAUCUGACCUCUUUCUUCAUUUAGUAAUCUCAACUUGAUAAGAUGCUUUAAAAAUAGCAAUAGAAAACUUUGAUCUCCAAAUCCCACUAUCUUGUCAAGUCUACCACCGACAUGUUUAGUUCGUAAUGUAGGUUUAGUUUUUGCAUAGGGAACAUGUAACUUUAGUUUUCGAAAUAACGUAUAACAUAGUACUAGGUUUAGUUUUAAAAUAAUGUUAAUGAUCAUGAUCGGUUAUUUUUGUUGCCUUUUUAUUUAAAAAAAAUAAGGCUGUCUAGUUAGUUUAGGGACUCUCAGCGCGCGGAAUUUCAAAUAUCUUCUAGUAACAACACGAACAUUCACCCGAAUAUCACGCCCGUAAUUUCAGCCCGUCAUUUCUAACCAGAGAUCACUUAUGUUGUCAUAAGAGUUGUUUUAACUUACUCAUUGUAAAAAAAUCUUAUUUUGCUUAUUGGCUAUACCAAUAUCGGUUCGGUAUCGAGUUGUCCGUUAGUAAGUCGGCUGCUCUGUAACAAAACCUAGUAAGUGCUUUAGACAAAAUUUUACAG